AUGGAUGUGGUGCAGAGAAAAGUGAACAAAUUGGGAAGAAAAGUUGCUACUUUCCCUCAUGUCGAAACUAUUGGAAGAGCUCUCUUUGUCUCCUCCUUCUUCCUCUCUGCUUGGCAUGAUUUCAUGGAGCUCAGUUCCAAUUCUAAAGGAGCAGAGGAUUAUUGGAGAGUGAAGUUCGGCAAUUCAGGAGAUCAGAUUAAGCAUCUUAUUGCUUUUGGUAUCAUAGCGAAGAUGCUUGGUGGACUUAUCUUCAUCUAUGGCAGCUUCUUUGGAGCUUUCCUCUUGCUUAUACAACAAGGCAUUGCUACAAUGAUACAUCAUGAUUUCUACAACCAUCGUAUCGACACUGAAGAAUUUGGACUGCUUUAUAUCAAAUUCAAAAGGAUUCUGAAUGGAACGAUGUCGUACGAGGCUGCAUACAAUCUUUACAAGUCAAACUUUGACGAGCAGCAAAUUGAGCAAGUCAAAUCAAAGUUCCGUGAGCUUGGGGAUCACGCGAUGAGAAACCCUGCAUUGUUCGGACAUAACGAGUUUGUUCGACGACUCUUAAGCUUCAUCAAGGCAUUGUCCGUAAUAGGAGCAUUGCUAUUUUUCGUGGCUAUGAAGCAUAAACUCGACGAAGCCAAGAAGGAAUCCAAAGUUAAAACUGACUGA